CAGCAACCUCCUUGUGGUGAGACCUGGAAAUCGAUAUUAGUUGCGAUAAAAGUAAAAAAAUAACGCAAGUAAUGUCGAGCCAAUGGCUGCAUUUAAAUUCAAUCAAAAUUAACUAUAUUCUAUGAUGUCUUUUUGUAUCUCUUUCGGCCUAUUUUUUGGAUUAAGUUGAAUAACUAAACAAUACGUUCAGAUAAUUUCAUCGUUCCUGUUAACUUGAAUUCAAAAACAGUCCCUUUUCUUCAGAAGUUAUGGGCGUGCCUAAAAAGUGGAAGAAAAAAAGACAAGAGAAAGGAACAAACGAUGAAACGAGAAAUAGUAAAAUUGCACAGCAGCUGUAUCAAGAUAGUCAAAGGGAGAUCCACGCAUUAUCAACCACGAGUACCACCGAGGUCAAAGGCUUCGACUCGGCUCGAUCAAAAUGUAGAUCACUUUUAUUGCCGUGUGAAAUUCCACGCAGCUUGUAUUUUUAUUUCGUGGGAGAUAAAAGGAAAAGGGAAAGAAAGAUGGUCUAUAGAUGCUUCUUUUCGUCGGCAAGAUCAAAGCUCGAGUAGUAGACCAGAGUGACGUCGAAGAGGUUAUGUUUACAAACUCUCUUGUGAUUUAACAAUAUAUUUCAAUUUGUGGAUAUGGAAGUUCUCGAGUUAAAGGAUGUGAAAGCAGUUCCAGAUAUAAUUCAUAAUUAUCCCCAUAAAAUAAAGGAUGAGGCAAUACCGUUGGUUGUAGAUAAUGGUUCAUACAAUUGUAGAGUCGGUUGGGCUACAGAAAAGGAACCGCAAUUAAUAUUUAAGAAUCUCAUAGCAAAGCCCCGAAAGGAACGUGGUAAGAAGGACGGAGAGCCUCAAGUAGGAAAUGACAUAGCAAAUAUAGAGGCAGUUAGAUUUCAAUUGAAAACUCAGUUCGAUAGAAAUGUUGUGACGCAUUUUGAAGCUCAAGAACAAAUAUUCGAUUAUACCUUUACGCAUAUGGGAAUAGAUACAGAAGGAUCCGUGAAUCAUCCAAUUAUUUUAACAGAAGCUUUCUUAAAUCCAAAUUAUUCUCGAAAUUUAAUGGCAGAACUUUUAUUCGAAUGUUAUAAUGUACCAUCCAUAGCAUAUGGCGUCGAUUGCUUAUUUUCAUAUCAGCACAAUAAUUGUCCUCCUGAUGGUUUAAUAGUUAGUAUAGGAUACCAUACAACUCAAAUAAUACCGAUAUUGGAUGGCAAAGCGGAUCCAGUCAAUUCUAGAAGAAUUAAUAUCGGUGGUUAUCACAUUACAUCUUAUAUGCAUAGAUUACUACAACUUAAAUAUCCUGUACAUGUGAAUGCAAUAACUCCAAGUCGUGCAGAGGAAUUGAUACAUGAACAUUCCAUGAUCGCAUUGAAUUAUCAAGAAGUAGUAUCCAAGUGGGCAGAUCCAGAUUAUUACGAUGCAAAUGUAUUAAGAGUUCAAUUACCUUAUGUUGCACCUGCAAGUACUCCUGGUUUAACAAUCGAACAACAAAAAGAAAGGAAAAGGGAACUGGCUCGAAGAUUGAUGGAAAUUAAUGCAAGGAAGAGGGAAGAAAGGUUGGCUGAAGAUGAGGAGCAAUUAAAUCAAUUAUUAGCCAUACAAGAUCUUUUGGAAGAAGGUGAAACGGAUGAAUUUGAUCAAGCAUUAAAAACUUAUUCUUUGGCAAAUGAGGCUGAUCUAAUAAAAAUGAUAAAUAAUUUGCAAGCGAAAGUAGAACGAACCAGGCAAAAAAUUGUUGCUGCAAAUUCGCAAGAGGAGAACAUUGUUAUGGAAGAUCAAAAACCAAAAAUUAAAUCAAGCCUUCAACCGAAAGAUCAGCAGGACUUUGAAGAAUGGAUAGCUGGUGUCAGAAAAAGACGACAAGAGAUAUUAGAUAAACGUAUGGCGAAAAGACAACGUAGACAAGAUAUGGCCAAACGUAGAACAGCAGCGGCUCAGGAAAGAAUGCGUAUAAUUAGUCAGCUAGCGAGAAAAGAUAAACGAGACGAUGAUUUUGGUAUGAGAGAUGAAGACUGGGAUGUAUAUAAAGUUAUUAAUAGGGAAGGUGGAGAUUCUGAUUCAGAAUUGGAGCAAGAAAAACUAAUGGAACUUGAGGAUGUUCUACGUCAUCACGAUCCAGAGUUCGAUGGAGCUGGCUCUAGCGUUCCCAUGAUUCCUGGUGAAACCCAUCAAUUGCAUGUAGGAGUAGAACGUUUAAGAGCAGCGGAAUUACUUUUUCAACCUUCAAUGAUUGGAUCAGUUGAAGCUGGCAUAGCAGAGACUAUUGAAUUCGUUUUAAAACUUUAUUCUCCUGAGCAACAGAAACGAUUAGUAAGCAAUGUUUUUCUCACCGGUGGACCAACAGCUUUACCAGGAUUACUUGAAAGACUGAAACGUGAACUUAAAGAAAUAAGACCAUUUGGUUCUAACUUUCAAAUAAACGUAGCGAAAAAUACUAGUUUAGAUUCGUGGUAUGGUGCAAGAGAUUUUGGUUUGAGUGGCAAUCUGCCAGAAUACCUUGUAACCCGUAAAGAGUAUGAAGAGAAAGGUGGUGAGUACUUGAAAGAGCACACUGCAAGUAAUAUGUAUACUCGAUCGCCAGAUCCCUUACCCAUAUUACAAGUUCCUGUGACAUGCGAACAAGUAAUCGUUGAAGAUGCAAUAAUAGACGUUGAAAUUGAAUAAAUAAAAUUUAAUUGAUGAAAAUUGAAGAUCACUUUACUAACAUUUAAUGUAUACAAAUUUAAUAAAAAGGGAUAGAAUAAAAAAUGGUAAGUUUUUAAUGGUU